GACAGAACAGAGAUCUCUCCUCUUUCUAUUUUUCAAGUUCCUGAAUACAUGUGGUGUGGUUUUAAAGCGGCUUUCUGCAGAUCCAAAUCCCCCGACUACUAAAGAUCAAGAAGAAAGGGAGGGAGAGACACACCGGUACCUCACAUUUCGGACAUUUGGGCAUUGGAUGUACAAGUGCUGUUUUAUUCACUAUCUAGUUUCUGGGUGACCGCGGGAGAACAAUUCUCAGAGAUCAACAGAAUAAUCAUGUUCAGGUCAUCACCUCGACGGAACCAGAGAUCUAAUGGUCUUAAGGUCAAGCAUGCUGUACAAGUCUGUCUUUUGGUUUGUGUGGGCAUUUGGCUGCUUUACCAAGUCAGGCAUUAUCAAGAUAAGAAAGUGGCAUAUGAAGAGAGAACUAAAAGCAGUAAUGAAGUUAUAAAAUUAGGGAGAAAGGACCUCAACCCAGAUGUGGAGGAUCCACCAAUUCGAGAUAUGAGGCACAAGGAAGAGGAAGAAGAUGAAGAGAGAAAAAAUGAAGAAAAAGAAAGCAAGCCUGAGGUGGAUGAUAAGUCAAGUGCGGAGGACGAGAUUCACGAUCAAGAUCCAGAUAAGAAUGAACAGGCUGAUGGGCAGAGAGAAGAUUCUAUAGAUGGACAGAAAGAAGGAGAAGAGAGCAAGGAAAAUGUCACUGAGGAUAAGUCGAAAGAAGAGAGUAUUGAAAAUGUUAUUCAAGAGAAGGUGAACAAAGACAGCAAGGAGAAUUCUGGUGAAGACAAUAGGACAGAAGAGAGCAAGGAAAAUGUUAUUGAGGAUAAGUUGAAAGAAGAGAGCAUUGAAAAUGUUAAUGAAGAGAAGGUGACCGAAGAGAGCAAGGAGAAUUCUGGUGAAGACAGUGGGACUGAAGAGAGCAAGGAGAAAGAUGAUGAAGGCAAGGAAAGCAAAUUGAGUUUAGAGAUGGACAGUGAUAACAGUAAAGAGAAGAAUGGUGAAGAAGAUGAGAAAAAGGAGAGCAAAGUUACGGAAAGUGAAGAGACCAAAGAGAACAGACCUGAAGAAAAGGGAAGUUUAGAACAGAAUCAAGAGAGUGAGGAUAAAGAGGCUGGAGAAGGAAACAAUUUGAUGGAAAAUCAAGAAAGAGAGAUGGAAGAGAAGGAGGUAAAGAGUGAGGAGUCAAGUUCGUCAAAUAAUCAGAUUCACGAUGGAAAUGAGAAGAAAAUUGAGGAUGCAAGAGAACAACAUUACAAGGGGGAUGAUGCUUCAAGUGAAGUUGCCCAUGAAACUCAAAUUUCACUGAAUGCAAACGAGCACAGUGAUCUGGGUGGCUCUAAUGGGGAAGAGAAGGUAGAAAACAGUGAAUCCAAUGAGUCUGAGGUUGACACCAAAACAAAUAGAGAUAUGGUAAGUGACAAACAGAAUGACUCGGUAUCUAAUGUGGGAGGUAAUGAAAUGAUAGAAAAUAAUGAUUCCACGAAGGCCAGCACCAGCGAGGAGGAUAAAAACAAGACUAAUAUGCAAGAGGAGGUUGGUCACCAUAAUUCCACAAUUGCUAUGGAAAUUGAAGAACUGCAACAGGAUGCAGGUAGUACAGUACUGAAUGAAAAUGAGAGAGUAGAUGAAACGGUAUCAAGAAGAGAUGACUCUACCUUAGAAACGACUUUACUGGAACAAACUGAGAAUAAUAACCCAGUCACAAAUAAUGAGCAAUCAUCUUUAGAUGCUAUGCAUUCCGUAAAGGAAGAUGAAGCUAACAAUGAGUCUACUGAUUCUUCUGCCACCGUUGAAUUAAAUGCAUCUGAUGGACAGAUUGAUGGCUCGAAUACAUCUACUUCAGAAGAGACCAAUUCUGCUACUUCAUUGGCAAGCAAGAACAAUGAUGCAGUUCAGACUGAAAACUCCAACAAUGAUUCUGAAGUAGAGGGAACAAACAAAAAUGUCCUAACGUUGAACGCAAAUGACAAUUCCUAUUCUGGACAAAAGGUGCAAGUUGAGUCUUCAGAGUCUUCAACCACUGAAGAGGCAUACAACUCAAACAGCAAUGCUGAUGCAGGCCAGAAUACUGAUACAACUGAUUCCUCAACUUCCCUAGAGAAAUUCAAAUCCUCAAAUGCAAACAGCAAUGCUGAUGCUGAUCAAAAGGAACAAGUUGAUUCUUCAGAGUCUUCGAGCUUUCAAGAGACAUCUGCAUCGUCAAACACAAACAACAACCCUGAUGCUGUGCAGGGUGUUGAUUCUACUGAUUCUUCAGGCUUCCAAGAUGCUAACAAGGGCGCUGAUGCAAGUCAGAAUGAGAAUGCUGUUCAAAGUGCGGAUACGAAUCAAAAUGAGAGUGAGAACACUGUUCAGAGCAACACCAAUGACAAUGCCAAUGCAAAUGGGCAUGUAGAUGAAGGACUAAAGGAGUCAUUUGAUUCUUCUAGUUCUUCCGUCUCCAAAGAAGAAACGGAGGGCUAUGCAAGCACCAAUAGUAAUACUGGUUGGAACCAGAAUGACUCAGUUGACUCUUCAAAACCCCAAGACAAGCCAAAUUCUCACACAGGUUCAGAAUCCUUGCAAGAAACCAGAAGUGAAGGGAAUGACAGUGGUGAAGCAGCUGAGUGACCAUCUGCUAUGUUGGUUGUAGUCUUCUGUCUACUGUAUUAAUGUCAUUGUAAUGAUUUGAGAUUUUGAAAGGUCCUUUGCUUGUUUGUGCCUUAUUUUGUAGUAACGGUGCAAAAAGAAUAGUAUUUCCAACUUUGUUAGGGCAUGUUGAGGAUUUUUUUAUAUGUACUCAAAUAUAUCCAUGGGAGGUUUCAGCUGGGCUUUA